GUUGCAUUUGGUGGUGCCGACAGGAUCAGCACAGAGAUCGAGUCACUUCUGGACAACAGCAAGUGGAGCGACAUACUUGACGAGUUCCCUGAUCUCGCACCUAGGUCAGUUGGUCUUAUUCGCAGGGGCGUUCUUAAAGUGCACGGCAUGUUCACGAUGAGAAUUGUCAGCCCGUCGAAGACUUUCCCCCAGAGGUUACUUUGUCUCGCCAUGGAGCCCGCCGCAGUGCCACAUGAGCUACGCAAAGACAUAGCGCGUACGCUGGUCGAGUCAGAUAGUAGGGCCCUGCAUCGAACUGCCGCCAAAAUCAAGGCGCUGUUCGAACCCGAGCUGCGAGAGUGCAUGCUUAGCGGCAAGCUGAGCGCUUCCUUAUGGGCACCCAUUCACAUGGUAGGCCAGAGCUGGAAGGGUGACACCCAGGAAAUUGAAGGCAUCAACAACGUCAUCCAGGUGAGAUGCGACCGAGCCCCGCGGAUCGGCAUGGGAUUAUUAGAUGCACGCGUGGGGCUCCGCAAGGAGCUGGGCCUUGGGAGCAGGCAGAGCCGUCACAUGAAGUGGAGCGAGAUCGCACCCCACGUGGAAGCCAUGGUGCGGGACUCCAUGGCGCACGCCAGCGGAGUCAACGGCGUGCUCGCAACCCCUGAUCGCUGGACGCCGCCCCCAGAACACUUCGACGACGUGAGGGUGAGAGUUGACAAGGCUAUCCUCGGUGUCGGCGACGUCGAGGAGGC